GCGCCAUGCCGCCCAUGCUGCUGACCACCAAGGUCUCCCUGCGGGAGCUGGUGGACCUGUCCAUCGGCACCCCGGAGCUGGGCGCCGUCAACUUCACGGCGCUGCACACGCUCCUCGUGUCCCUGCUGAAGGUGCUCAACCUCCAGGACGCCAUCAUCGACUACCAGCCGGUGUUGGCUGAGCGCGGCCAGGCCAUCGAGGCCCCGACGCCGCCGGUGCCGACGCCGCCCCGGGACAAGGACCGGCGCCGGAGCGUGAGCAGGACGCCGUCGCUAGCGCUGGAGAGCCAGGUGAAGGACCUGGGCGGCCAGGUGGACGACCUCAACAAGCAGAUGAAGACCAUGGACACGAAGGUGCAGGGCAUCGUCAUGCACGUGGAGCACAUCACCUCCCAGGCCAGCGAACUCGACCAGGACACCCACUGGGGGGACGAGGACAUGGGCGUCGUGGGGACCCCAGAGACGUUUAAAAAGAAGGGCCCAGAAGACGUGGCCACACCCACCACCACAGCCGGCACCAUGGGGCCCCGGAGAAAGUCCACCAAGUCCCGGGAGCUGGUGCAACAGGAGGAGGCAGCGAGAGGCCCCUACGCCAAGUACUGGAAGGGCUCUAAAGACCUCCGGGACUACACCCCGGACGAGACCCAGGAGCUGCUCCAGGACGUCAUGGAAGAAGUGAGGUCCCUGAAGGAAGCUCAACAAAAGGUGCAGGAAGUGUCCCAGUUGCAGCCCCAGGACCUCCUCCAGCGCAUUGAGAAAAUGGAGAAGCUACUCAAGGAUCGAGAUGCUGUCCUGCUUGUCUGUUACCAUCAGGAACAGAUAGGCCAGAAGAUUAGUGCCGUUACCGGAGAGGAGGCCACUAUGGUCACCUGGGAAGACCUGGAGCAAGCUAUCACCGAUGGCUGGAAGGCUUCGCAAUUGAGCACAGAAUCAUCCACAGAGUCCGCGAGGCGCAGACUGACGUCAUCUGUUGAUAUUUCCGCUGGCCCCUCUGGCAAGGGCCCAAGCACUGAGCAGGCCAUGGAUGCUGCUGGUGUCCCACGUCGCCCCCCUGAAAAAGCUGCUAGCAAACAACAACUGGGCAGACCUUCCUCUACUGCACUUCCUGGCAAAGAACACCCCCCGCAGGCCCUCGACGAAGCUGCUAGUCCCAAACCCCAGCAACCUCUCGUAUCCCCGGCUGAUCAUCGCAAGGUUAGAGAACCAUCCUCAACACGCCUAAGAAGAGAUGAACGAGACACACGUCCUAGCCCAAGUCAACAGGACUUAGCCUCAGCCAGCCAGCAGCAGCCUUACGCACAACCAGACCAGCAAGCGAGGGUGCCCAUUGGUCCGGGUCAAGUCUACCAGAGGCCAGAGCAUCCCAGAGUAGCCUCGCCUAGCACACCUAGCAUGGAUCAGCUGGGACGGCCACGUGCUGGCGUCGCCCCCCCGCAUCGUGUAGCACCCCCCACUAUGGGUCACCCUGGUAUGCUCCCACCUCAAAUGGGUGCUCAGGGACUGGUUACACCUGGCUUGGAUCAGGUUGGCAUGAUAGAUCCAUCAGGCUUGCAACUGCUUGGUGCAAACCAGUUUGAUACGGCUUCCCCCGGUGCAUAUCAACCUGGCGUGAUAUUUCCUGGCAUGGACCAACAAGCUGCCCUGCAGGAAAGUAUGGGGGUACUCGGAAUGGAUCAGUCUGGGUUGAUACCAAUUGGCAUUGAUCAGAAUGGAUUUGUAAUAUUUGGCACAGAUGAGCAGGGACUUGUACCCCCUGGCAUAGGUCAGUAUGGACUGCCUCUAGGUCUUACAGAUCAGUAUGCUUUUAUGCCACCUGGCUUGAUACCCAUGGAUAUGGAUCAACAAGGUUUUGUACAGCCUGGUUUGGAAGCCUCUGGCUUCAUACAGCCUGGCACAGAGCAGGGUGAUUUAGUGCAGGCUAGGGAAGAACAAGGUGGUUUGGUACAGCCUGGCACAGACCAGCAAGGUCCUGUGCCUCCUGGUGCAGGUCAGGCUGGCUUGGUCCAACCUGGUGCAUAUCCACCUGGUUUGGCACAACUUGGUCCAGAUCAGGGUGGUUUAGUGCAGCCUGGCACAGGUCAGCCUGGCUUGAUGCAGCCUGCUGCGUAUCCACCUGAUUUGGCGCAGCUCAGUGCUGGUCCACAUGGUUUGGUCCAGCCUGGUGUAGUUCCUUAUGGUUUGGCACAGCCUGGUGUAGCUCAGCGUGGCGUGGUACAGCCUGGCUUGCUGCCACCUGGUGUGUAUCCACCUGACUUGGCACAGCCUGGUGCAGUUCUGCGUGGUGCCAUUCCACAUGGUUUGGUGCAGCCUGGUGCCGUUCCACGUGGUUUGGUGCAGCCCAGGGCAGAGCAACUUGGUGUGGUGCAGCCUGGUGGUGUGGUGCAGCCCGGUGCAGAACAGCUUGGUUUGGUGCAGCCUGGUGCCGUUCCACGUGGUUUGGUGCAGCCCGGGACAGAGCAACUUGGUGUGGUGCAGCCCGGUGGUGUGGUGCAGCCCGGUGGUGUGGUGCAGCCCGGUGCAGAACAGCUUGGUGUGGUGCAGCCUGGUGCCGUUCCACGUGGUUUGGUGCAGCCUGGUGCCGUUCCACGUGGUUUGGUGCAGCCCGGGACAGAGCAACUUGGUGUGGUGCAGCCCGGUGGUGUGGUGCAGCCCGGUGCAGAACAGCUUGGUGUGGUGCAGCCUGGUGCCGUUCCACGUGGUUUGGUGCAGCCUGGUGCCGUUCCACGUGGUUUGGUGCAGCCUGGUGCCGUUCCACGUGGUUUGGUGCAGCCUGGUGCCGUUCCACGUGGUUUGGUGCAGCCUGGUGCCGUUCCACGUGGUUUGGUGCAGCCCGGGGCAGAGCAACUUGGUGUGGUGCAGCCUGGUGGUGUGGUGCAGCCCGGUGCAGAACAGCUUGGUUUGGUGCAGCCUGGUGCCGUUCCACGGGGCUUUGUGCAACCUGGUGUAGUUCCACAGGGUUUGAUGCAACCUGGUGCAGUUCCAUGGGGUUUGGUGCAGCCUAGUGUGGAGCAGCUUGGUUUGGUGCAGCCCGGUGCAGUUCAGCGUGGUUUGGUGCAGCCUGGUACAGAUCAGCGUGGUUUGGAGCAGCCUGAUGUAGCUCAAGUACAACCUGGUGCAGAUCAGAGUGGUUUAGUACAAACUGGUGCAGAUCAGCAAGGUUUGGUACAACCUGGUGAGGUUCAGCGUGGUUUGGUACAGCCCAGUGCAUAUCUGUCUGGGUUGGUGCAACCUAGUGUAGAUCAGUCUGGGUUUGUAUACCCUGAAAUGGAUCAGCAAGGUCAGAUUCAGCUUGGGGCAUUUCCUAGUGGCUGGUUGCAACCAGGUGCGUAUCCACCUGCAAUGAUGCAGCCUGGUAUGUAUUCACCUGGCUUGGCCUAUCCUGGCACAGAUCCACGUGCCUGGGUCCAACCUGGUAUAGGUCAACGUGGUUUAGUCCCGUCAGGAGCUGAUCAAUAUGGCUUGGGGUGGCCUGGUACAGCACAGCAAGGUUUAGCAGAACCAGGGGCAGGGCAGCCUGAUUUGUCUGCUGUGGAGUUGAGCCUGGUUUGGCACCACCUGGUACAGUUCAACGUGGUUUGGUGCAGCCUGGUGCAGGUCAGCGUGGUUUGGUACCACCUGGUGCAGUUCGGCCUGGUUUUAUGCAACCUGGUAUGUAUCCACGUGGCUUGGCACAACUUAGGGCACUACAGCGUGGUUUGGUACCACCUGGUGCAGUUCAACCUGGUUUGGUACCACCUGGUGCAGAUCAGGGUGGUUUGGUGCAACCAGGUGCAGAUCAGGUUCGGCCUGGUUUGGCACCAUCUGGUGCUGUUCGGCCUGGUUUAUUGCCACCUGGUGCAGUUCGGCCUGGUUUGGUGCCACCUGGUGCAUUUCGGCCUGGUAUGGCACCACCUGGUGCAUUUUGGCCUGGUAUGGUGCCACCUGGUACAGCUCGGCCUGGUAUGGUGCCACCUGGUGCAUUUCGGCCUGGUAUGGCGCCACCUGGUGCAUUUCAGCCAGAUCAGAGUAGUUUGGUACAGCCAGCUAUGUAUCCACGAGGUGUGGUUUCACCUGGUGCAAUUCAGCCUGGUGUGGCGCCAGCUGGUGCAGUUCAGCCUGGUUUGGCGCCACCUGGUGCAGCUCAGCCUGGUUUGGCGCCACUUGGUGCAGCUCAGCCUGGUUUGGCGCCACCUGGUGCAGCUCAGCCUGGUUUGGCGCCACCUGGUGCAGCUCAGCCUGGUUUGGUGCCAGCUGGUGCAGCUCAGCCUGGUUUGGUGCCAGCUGGUGCAGUUCAGCCUGGUGUGGUGCCAGCUGGUGCAGUUCAGCCUGGUGUGGCGCCAGCUGGUGCAGUUCAGCCUGGUUUGGCGCCAGCUGGUGCAGCUCAGCCUGGUUUGGUGCCAGCUGGUGCAGUUCAGCCUGGUGUGGUGCCAGCUGGUGCAGUUCAGCCUGGUUUGUGUAGUGCCACCUGAUUUGAGAGAGUCCAAGACAGAUCAGCGAGAUGCAGAGCGUCGCGAUUUCCCAGCAUCCGGGGAAGAUUCUGCUUUAGACCAAAGAGAAACCUAUCAGCGUCCUGGCCUAGACCAGGAGGGCUCAGAAGCGGUCAUCUUGGUUCAACCAGGCCCGAGCUGGGGUGGCCAGUCAGGUUUGGAUUUGACCAGACCACCUUCCUCAGUCCAAGCUGGGCUUCCGUCCUGGGUGACCCCCAGCCAAGAACUCCGGCGACGCUCAUCAGAGAGGAUGGAAGGCCGCAGUGAUCGCCAGGAAUCACUGGACAAGCUAGCGCCUUGUUUCCCCAUGGCAGUGGAGACAUUUCGUCUCUUAGGAGAACUCAUUAGCCUCUAUGUGGAGUUGAAGGAAAGGAUGAAGGAGCUAAAGGAUGACGAAGCUGGCCUAACUGACAUAGAGAAGAUCCAGCACAUGGUCAAUAUGAUGGUCAAGAAGUCAAUACCGGAGGACCUUCAGGACCAGCUGAAGAGCAUAAAGACCUUGGCCAAAGAAGUUCGACAUGAUAAGCUAAAACUGGACAAGCUGCAGAGGCUCCUGAAAGGCGAUGGCGAGGACGGACCAAAGGAGGUGAAGGCCGGCCAGCUAGGCUUGCAGCUGGGCAUCCUCAGAGUCACCGUGGCCGACAUCGAGAAGGAGCUAGCUGAGUUGAGGGAGAGCCAAGAGCGGGGCAAGGCUACCAUGGAGAACUCGGUCUCGGAAGCCUCCCUUUACCUGCAGGAUCAGUUAGAUAAACUGAGGACGAUCAUCGAGAGCAUGCUGGCCUCCUCCUCCACGCUGCUGUCCAUGAGCAUGGCCCCGCAGAAGGCCCAGACCACCAUGACGCCCGGCCAAGUGAACCUGGAGGCCACGUGUCCCGCCUGCAGCCUGGACGUAAGCCACCAGGUCAGCCUGCUGGUGCAGCGCUACGAGCAGCUCCAGGACAUGGUGAACAACCUGGCUGCCUCCCGGCCCUCCAAGAAGGCCAAGCUCCAGAGCCAGGACGAAGAGCUGCUGGGCCACGUGCAGAGCGCCAUCCUGCAGGUACAGGGCGACUGCGAGAAGCUCAACAUCACCACCAGCAACCUCAUCGAGGACCACCGGCAGAAGCAGAAGGCCAUCGACGAGCUGUAUCAGGGCAUUCAGAAGCUGGAGAGGGAAAAGGCCAACCGGGAGCACCUGGAGAUGGAGAUCGACGUGAAAGCUGACAAGAGUGCUCUGGCCUCCAAAGUGAGCCGGAUCCAGUUUGAUGCCACCACGGAGCAGCUGAACCACAUGAUGAAGGAGCUGGUGGCCAAGAUGAGUGGCAAGGAGCAGGACUGGCAGAGGGUGCUGGACAAGCUCCUGUCAGAGAUGGACAGCAAGCUGGACCGCCUGGAGCUGGACCCGGUGAAGCAAUCCCUAGAGGACCGGUGGAAGUCCCUGCGGCAGCAGCUCCGAGAGCGCCCUCCGCUCUACCAGUCGGACGAGGCAGCCGCCAUGCGGAGGCAGCUGCUGGCUCAUUUCCACUGCCUCUCCUGCGACCGGCCCUUGGAGACACCUGUGACUGGACAAACCAUCCCUGUGACCCCUGUGGGCCCCAGCCUGCCCAAGCACCGGUCCCUCCGCCCCUACACAGUGUAUGAGCUGGAGCAGAUCCGCCAGCAGAGCCGCAACCUCAAAUUGGGUGCCCCCUUCUCGCGGGGCGACCAGAUGGAGCGGAGCGUGGGGCGCCUGCGCACCAUGCACUCCAAGAUGCUGAUGGACAUCGAGAAGGUGCAGAUCCACUUCGGGGGCUCGGUGAAGGCCAGCAGCCAGAUGAUCCGCGAGCUGCUGCAGACCCAGUGCCUCAGCCAGCCCUGCUACAGGCGGGUGCCGGAGUCGGACUACACCUAUUCAACCACACCCAGGCGUUGUGGGGGCAGCCACACGAUCACCUCCCCGUACCGCCGCAGCCGCCUGCAGCACCUGCAGGGCCUCAUGCCCCACGAGGACGUCCAGAUCGCCAUGAAGCACGAUGAGGUGGAUAUCUUGGGCCUGGAUGGACACAUCUACAAAGGACGGAUGGACACGCGGCUGCCGGACAUCCUGACUAAAGACAGCUUCUCCAAGGCUCAGCUGUCCAGCCUCAGCCCGCUGCCCGCCUCGGGGACGAUGAAGCACAGGCCCAGGCUGUCCCGGCCCCACAUCCCCCGGCCGCAGUCCCUCAGCAGCGGCGGGCAGCUGCCCUCGCGGCCCCACAGCGCCCAGAUGUCACCCGACAACUCAGUUCCUUCAAAGCAACAGGAAGACAGACCCAUCUCCUCCGGGGGGCGUCUCUCCCAGCCCCGCUUCCCGGAGGUCGAAAACCUGCCCCCCGAGGACCUCCAGGGCCCGGCCCCGCGGCUGGGCCGGCUUCCCGGGGAGGAGGAGGAGUUCGAGGAGCCCACGCGGGGGCCCAGGUCGCCCACCGUGCUGCCCUGAGCAGAGCCCUGAAUAAAUGUUGGGAAGGAGCUGUGGGUAGAGGCGGCUUCUCUGCGGGGCCCAGGCCUCCGGGCCGCCCCAC